CUUAUCUUCAUCUCUCUAAAAUAUGGAUGUGGGCAGGAUGUAAGGUUUUACAAUGAGUUAUGGAUGUAUAAAAGGCUUGCAAGACGAGGAGUUCUAAAUAAAGAAGUUAAGGAAGGAGUUACUGAAUUUAUCCAAACUGCGGUAAACUUAUAUCAAAGUGGUGUUAUUGCAUGUCCUUGUAGAAAGUGUAAGAACAAAAAGUGGAUGACAUGGGAUAUUGUUAGGGAGCAUUUAUUUGAAAAAGGUUUUGUGGAAGAUUAUUAUGUAUGGGAGGCACAUGGGGAGCCACAUAAUUCAAAUGGAUUAGUUUAUUUGGAUGAAAGUAGCUCAGCUCAUGGCAAUACAUCUGAAAGGCAAUAUGAUCCGUGCAAAUCAAUGUUUGAAGAUGCAAUAAGGAAUGAACUCCCAACGGGAUUUGAUCAUGGUGAGGGUGCAGAUGAACCUUGUCCUAUCACAACACAAAUGUACGAAAUGUUGGAUACAAUGAGUCAACCGUGUUUCGAUGGCUGUCCGGUGACGCAGUUGAGUGCAAUGACAGAAAUGCUGAAUUUAAAGACUGAGAUGCAUUUAUCAGAGGCUGUAACGGAUAGAAUUUCUCAAUUCGUAAAUAGGUUUUUCCCAUCAAGCAUCCCAAACAAACCAAUUCCAAAUUUCAACAAAAUCAAAAGAAAACUAUAUGUGUUAGGAAUGAGCCAUCAAUCCAUCGACGGUUGCCCGAACGGGUGCAUGAUAUAUUGGAGAGCAGAUAGUGAGUUACUGGGGUGUAAAUUUUGCUCAACUGCAAGGUAUGACAUUAGCAACCAGUCAAAUAAAUGUAUUCCACUUGCAAAAAUGGAGGACUUUCCUCUUACUCCUAGGCUACAACGACUCUAUGCUUUAGCUACUACAGCCGAUGAUAUGAGGUGGCAUAAAUUUCACCACAGUGAGGAAGGAGUAAUGUCCCACCCGUCGGAUGCAAAAGCGUGGAUUCAUGUUGAUAAUGUUAAUCCAGAGUUUGCUGUAGAUCCGAGAAAUGUGAGACUUGGUCUAUGCACAGAUGGGUUGCAACCUUUUGGUCAAUUUGGACAACAAUAUUCAUGUUGGCCUGUGAUUGUGACACUGUAUAAUUUGCCUCCAGUUCCAGGACCAAGGAAUCCAGCGAAAGGGAUCGAUGUGUACCUGCAACCACUGGUAGAGGAGCUUAAGGAAUUGUGGGAGGAUGGACCACAAAGGGAAAAUUUGCAUUUCCAUAUUGUACUGAGUUUACCGGAGCAUUCUGGCUACCCCACAGUAAGAACCAUAGUUGGUUUGAUAACCAUAUGAAGUUUCUACCAGGUGACCAUCCAUUUCGGUUUGAUGAAAAUAACUUUACUAAAGGUAAAUCAAUCUUGUAUGGUCCUCCGAUUCACAUGAAUGGGUUGUACUGCUAUGACGAGGUAAAUGAUUUUAGGGAAAAGUACAUAAAACGUACCUGUGGUUUGGGCCAUUUUCAGAUAGGGGCAUGUGUUUCAUUUUCUAACAAAGUGGGGCAUGUGUUUCAAUUCCGUUAUCAUAGCAGGGGCAUGGCCUCUAACGCCGUUAGAAAAAUUAACCCCGAUUUUAAAAAGUCUCCGAAAAAUUAAAAGAAAAAUACCGGGAGGUGCGCCUCGUCAAGAAGAUCAACAAACUAUCUUUAUUUUUUUGUUUCCAGCCACCAUAUCUCCAGAAAGUCCACCAAAAAAUUGAUAUUAGCGAAUUUGUUUUUAAAAAAUAAUCCAAAUAGAGCCGAAAAAUCCAAAGAGAAAGAUAGUUUGUUGAUCUCCUUUACGAGGCGCACCUCCCAGUAUUUUUCUUUUAAUUUUUCGGAGACUUUUUAAAAUCGGAGUUAAUUUUUCUAACGGCGUUAGACGCCGUGCCCCUGCUAUGAUAACGGAAUUGAAACACAUGCCCCACUUUGUCAAAAAAUGAAACACAUGCCCCUAUCUGAAAAUGGCCCAAACCACAGGUACGUUUUCUGUACUUUUCCCAUGAUUUUAUGUCAGUUACUGAAUUAGGUGGUGUAGAGCAUAAUGCAGUUGCUGGAAAAGAUAUUAGAUGGAAGAAGCGUAGCAUCUUUUGGGAUCUCCCAUACUGGAAGGAUUUGCUCAUACGACACAACCUUGAUGUCAUGCACAUAGAGAAGAAUUUCUUUGAAAUAUCUUUUAUACAAUUUUGGGAGUACCAGGAAAAUCGAAGGAUCAUACGCAAGGGACAAUAGAUAUGGAACAAAUUUGUCAUAGGCCGAGCAUGGAGAGAGACUCUCGGGGGAAAUACCCUAAAGCUCUUUUCCCCCUUUCAAAUGAACAAAAAGGUGUCUUGAUCAACUGGAUUGAUUCAUUAAAGUUCCCAGAUGGUUUUGCUUCUCGAUUAGGGCGUUGUGUGCAAAUGGACAAACUUAAGGUAUUUGGUAUGAAGAGCCAUGAUUGUCAUGUCUUCAUGCAACGCCUACUUCCAGUUGCUUUCAGAGAGAUGCUACCUGAUUGGAUUUGGGAGGCCAUUACGGAGAUUAGCUUAUUCUUUCGUGAGCUAACAAGAAAGACUAUAUUGGUCCGUGGCAUUGAGAAGUUAAAGGAAGAUAUCCCCGUGAUCAUGUGCAAGUUGGAGAAGAUUUUUCCACCCUCAUUCUUUGAUCCUAUAGAACAUCUUGUUGUGCACUUACCAGAUGAGCUUUCUCGGGGGGCCUCCACAAUAUCGAUGGAUGUAUCGUUUUGAAAUGUAGAUGUUAAAACAUAUUAUAUAGUCAUAUGUUUUUUUACUUGAUAUCUUAUUUCUUACCAUUUUUGUAGUUUCUCGGGAUCAGUGCUAAAGACAAAAGUUGGAAAUAAAGCUAGGGUUGAAGCAUCUAUUAGGGAAGGUUAUUUGCAAAGUGAAAUGGGAACAUUUGCAAGCUAUUACUUUCCGGAGGAUGUAACCACAAAAGCACAUCGUAUCCCCAGGUUUGAUGAUGGUUGCAUGAUUAACACUGAUUUUAGUGUUUCAGUUUUUGCACAGAAGGCAAAAACAAUUGGUGCAAGCACGAGGCGGUAUAUGGAUCAAAAUGAAUCCAAUGCUGUCCACUCAUAUGUAUUCUAAAACUAUCCGGAGAUUGAAUCAUUCAGAGAAAUGUUCUUCAACACAACAAGGUCAAUAAGUUCCUAUGAUGCCUUGUUGCAAACAAAAUUCCCUCUUUGGUUUUAUCACCAUGUGAGAUUUUAUAGUUAAUUAUUUCUUAAAAAGGAUAUGCUUGUGCUGUUUAUGUUUAGGUGCAAAAUGACAUGACCAAUCAUCCCCGGUGGGUUCGUGCUUUAUCUGGGUUUCCUUCUACCUAUGUGACAACCUACCAUGCACUUAAUAUAAAUGGUUAUAAAUUCAACACUAUUACAAGAUCUCAUGUUAGAACAACCUCCAACUGCGGGGUUAUGGUCAAGUGCACAAGUUAUGAUGGAUCAACACUCGAAUACUAUGGCUCAAUACAAGAAAUAAUUCAGCUGGAAUAUCAGGAUUACAAAAUAAUUGUCUUCAAAUGUGAAUGGUUCGAACCUUCAGAUAGAGGUGUACGGGUCCAUCCAUGAUACAAGAUCGUGGAUGUGAACAGUCAAUUUCGACUUCAUACGUUAUUCAAUGCAUGUCGCGACUUUUGUGGAGAAAGAAGAGGGAGGGGAUCAGUUGAUGUGUAUUGUUUUGACUUUUUGCUGUGUGACUUGUUUUGACAAAGAAGAGAAUCGACAGGUGGCAUUAUUAAUACCUUGUAAAAGAAUGGACUUUUUGCUGCGAAAAUAUGAGAGCUGAUGUGUAUUGUUUUGACUGUUCUAAC